ACCUCUAAUCUUGUCUUUUAGUCAGCCGAAACCGGUGGCCAACAACAUGAACGACACAAUGCUCAUGUCCUCUGGGGCACCUACUCCCACCAAAAGUGUCUUGGAGAGUCCGAGCCGGCUAGAUGAAGAGCACCGCCUCAUCGCUCGAUACGCCGCCCGAUUGGCAGCCGAGGCGGGAAACUCCACACAACAGUGUCCUCCAUCGGAUCUGAGCUUCAACUUCGACGCCAAUAAGCAGCAGAGACAGCUGAUUGCAGAGCUGGAGAACAAAAACAGGGAGAUCCUGCAGGAGAUCCAGAGGCUGCGUCUGGAGCAUGAACAGGCCUCUCAGCCGACACCAGAAAAAGCCCAGCAGAACCCGACGCUUCUGACCGAACUGCGGCUCCUCAGACACAGGAAGGACGAGCUGGAGAGGCGCAUGUCGGCCCUGCAGGAGAGCAGACGGGAGCUGAUGGUGCAGCUGGAGGGACUCAUGAGGCUGCUAAAGGAUGAGGAGCAGAAGCAGGCUUCCCAGUCUGGAGGCUCCCCUCAUUCUUCUCCCAGCCACGGUGCAGGCUGCUCCAUGCCCAUGCCCAUACGCUCCACCUCGGCUGGGUCCACCCCGACCCACACACCGCAGGACUGCCUGGCGGGGGUGGGAGGGGACGUGCUGGAGGCCUUCGCUCAGGGUGUACCUAGAAAUCUUCGGAAUGAUCUUUUAGUUGCUGCUGACUCAAUCACAAACACCAUGUCAUCACUGGUGAAAGAGCUGCACUCAGUGGAUGAUGGGGCAGAUGACGAGGAGACCAACAUGAGGAACGGUGGAGACAGAGGCACAGUGAGAGUACCGAAGCACUGA